AUGACAAAGGCAGCCAAUCUGGUCUGGGUACUCGCCUUGCUGCUCUUCACAGUGGCAGCAGCAUCGCCACGCCUCAACCCCAAAGACAUUGUCGUCGACGCCGACCUCGACUAUGGCAGCUUUCGCGGCGCCUACUCGGACGAGUACAACAUCACCUACUGGACGACGGUGCCCUUUGCGGCACCGCCUGUGGGCCGGAACCGCUUUCGGGCGCCGCAGCCGCUGCCACCGCUCCGUUCGUCGGCCUCUCCUGCGCUGCACAACGCCAGCCGGCCGUUUCCCAUGUGCCCGCAGCGCGAGGCCAGCGGCGACGAGGACUGUCUGUAUCUGGGCGUGUACGGCCGGCCAUGGACCACGGCCGAACGGCGUGACCACCGGCUGCGGCCGGUGGUCGUUGUCUUUUUCGGCGGCGGGUUCAUUCGAGGGUCGGCCGCGCUGGGUUUACCGCCUGCAGCGUAUCCUGUGCUCAACGUGUCGGAGGCGAACAAUGUGUUGUUUGUGUAUCCCAACUACCGGACCAAUGUGUUUGGCUUUUUGGCCGGCCGCGACGUCGGCGCCGACGCGGGCUCCGACACCAAUGCGGGCUUGCUCGACCAGCAGGCGGCGCUGCGCUGGGUGCAGCGGUACAUCCAUGUGUUUGGCGGCGAUGCGGGCAGCGUGAGCAUCUGGGGCCAGAGCGCCGGCGGCGGCAGCGUCCUGGCGCAGGUGGUGGCCUCGCGACGCUCGUCGUCCGCCUCCAGCGGCGAUGACACGGCACCGCCGCUGUUCCACCGCGCCAUGGCCAGCAGCCCGUACUGGCCCAAGACAUACCGGUACGACGCGCCAGAGCCGCAGGCGCUCUACGACGACCUCGUGCGGCGCGUGGGGUGCGAGGAUGACAAGAAUGACAAGAGUGCACGUGCUGGUAGCGACACACUUGCCUGCCUCAAAGCCGUGGACGUCCAGGCACUCCGCACGGCCAGCCUCGCCAUCACGGCCGACCGCGACGCCACGGCGACAUCGUCGUAUGCGUGGGCGCCGGUCCUGGACGACACGUUUUUGCGGCAGCCCUUGUCGUUGCUGACGAGUACGCGGCUGCAGGGCGGGCGUGGCGCCAGCGCCAGCGCCAGCACCCUGCGCGCUGGCUUUGCCACAUACAACACGCACGAAGGCGAGAAUUUCGUGCCGACCUGGCUGUUCCCGAAACGCGCCGCAAAUGCUACGGCGGACGACGACGAGCGCCAGUUCCACACGUCGCUGCUGCGAUACCUGCCGGACCUGAACGCAGACGACAUGGCCCAGGUCGGCCGACUGUAUCCGUUGACUGGCGAUGUCGAGGACGGCGGCGGUGCGGACCGGGCCUACUCGGAUGGCAACCCCUUUGGCCGCGCCGGCCUCGUAUAUCGUGAUGUCACUCUGGCGUGUCCGGCGCACUGGAUGACGACGUUGGCCGCAACAAGCUGGCUCGCCGAGUACUCCAUAUCUCCGGCCAAACACGCCAGCGACACGUACUGGUGGAACACCGUCGACAAGGCCCAGAAGACAGACCCAUUGCACUACAACGGCUACGCCGGCGCUCUGGCCUCGUUCUUUGCGACAGGCGAUCCGAAUGCAAACAAGUUGACAGCCUCGUCUGUUCCUGGACUGCCCGAUACAACAGCAGGCGAGGAAUGGGCCAUCACAGCCGACGGCUUUGCUACGUGGAGCCUUGCGCAACUGCAGACGCGAUGCGACUUUUGGCUAAGCAUCGCGCCACGGAUAUCUAUCUGA